AUGGGUCGUUUGCUGUUAAACUUAGAGCCAGUUCCAUGGGGAAAAAGUGAUUUGAAUGAUAAUGAGCGAAUACUAUCUUUUUUGGACUUCAUACGACCGAAACACGAAGAGCUAGAGUAUCGAAAACAAAUAGUGCAGAAGCUUCAGGAUCAUCUACAGAGAGUCCUUUCAAAUCCGGAAUUGCAAGAAUACGGAAGCUUAUAUACUGGUCUGUCUUUAAAUAUUAGUGAUAUCGACUUGUCUUUGAAGAGUCCUGCGGUGAGCGAGAUGGAUAAACGACGUGUGACAAUGUUUUUGCGUACAUAUAUGGAUCCCAACACAGAAUUUCAUUUUGGUGCACGAGUUCCGCGUGUUUACUUUCACGAUGUGAGCGGUACUGCCAUAGACUUGACAUUCGCGAAUGAAAAGGCUUGUCUUAGUGCUGAAUUACAGUCUGCCUAUUAUGAAAAAAACCCCGUUUAUGGAACAUUAUUAAUGCUAUUGAAACAUUGGGUAUAUGAGCGAGACCUCGACCGUGUUCAUCAUGGUGGAAUCAGUAGCUGUGCACUUUCUUACAUGUUGAUCGGAUGGCUUGAAAUGCGAUAUCACAAAAAAGGUGUGUCGUCGAAAGAGCAGCCUUUACGAUCUCUAUUACAAAGCUUCUUUCAAUUUUGGAGUGUCGAAUGGUCCUAUGAACUCUUUGUUUUACGUCCAUUAACUGGUCAAAUUGUGCCGAAGUUACAAAAAGGAUGGUCCAAUGAAGCUAAACCGAACUUGUUGUCUAUUGAAGAUCCGUUGGAAAAGAACAAUGACAUUGGCAAGCAAUCAUUUCAGAUAGCCAUGAUUCAAGCUGCUUUUUUAGCUUCAUAUAAUGAACUUUUGUCUGACAAGGAGUGGUUGAAUACUUUUGCUAUCACAGAAGCUGAACUCAAGCUAUGUGAAAAGAGAAACCGUGCAAUGCAUCCUCCAUCGCUGGUUUCUCAGUACGACGAUGACGACGAGGAACUUUGA